GCGAAAGCUCUCUGAGAUUAGUUAGAAUUGGGCAAAGGACAGCUUAGCGAAACCUCCCAGUUCACUUUAUGAAUCACUAGUAAAUCUCCAGUGAUGCUGCUAUCUCUAUUAAACACCAUCCUCACGCACAGCUUUAGAUCAGCUUUGUCUUCUAAUUAAAUCAGUGCAAAGUCAUCCUAGAGGUCACUUGUUUAGGGAGUUUCCUCCUCAUCCUCCUACCUCCCAGCUGCUAUGAAAUACUGAGAAACAGGAAACCAGACGGUUUGAUGAUCUGCCGCACAAGCGUGUGAUACGAAGGUUGAAAACUGAGUAAGGAUGGAAACAGGAGGAGAGUGAAUUUUCAGGUGGAUAAACACACAGAACACCUUACCUCCCCACAGCACCCUGUAAUCGAUGGCAACUUCCAUCCAGACUCUUCCUCUAACACGUGGCCCCAACAAAAACUUCCGCCACACUUUCCCAGCCCCGCCCCUCUCCCCUCAUUGCGGGAUGGGAAGCGUGGGUAGUCUAGUGGAGAGACCGGAUGUGUCGCCGACUAAAGGGAGUCGCGCCGUGCCCCAGGUGAGACCCAAACAGACCAAUGGCCUCCUGAAGAAAGGCCUCACCCAGAGAGAGCUGCUCAACUACCUCAACAUCACUAGAAAAGAGUCUAAAGCAACUGUAAGCAGUGAUGGAAAGAGGGACAUUAUUGGUGACAGAAAGGAGGACAAUGUUUACACCAAAGUCUACAAUAAAGAUGGCACUGAAGUUGAUCUGACAAAGAAUUCACUGCCAAGUGGGGGCAAGUAUGAAAAGGUUCAUUUUAGGUCUUCUGCCUUCAAGCCUGUCACCCCCAAAAACUUCAGCUCCAUGCAAAACCUCUAUCCGUCUUCCAAAUCAGAAGAUAUGGAUCAUGGCCUGUCUAAUGGAUUGCACAGAGCAUACGCCCAUGUCCCUAAAGCAGUCUCCACCUCCUCUUCGUCUUCCUCACCUUCCCGCCACGGUGGACCAACAUCAGGUGGCACCAAGGCCCUCUCCUCGGUGCGUGUGAUGAGCCAGGAGGAUGAUAACCUAUCAGACUCGGGCCAUAACUCCAUGAGCAGCCUGCCGCCGUACCGACCUCCCUUCCGCCCACACCUGACUCAGAUCAGUGCUUCCAUGGGCCACAUCAACACCAUUGGCUCCCUAGACCGCACAUCUCUGGGCAUGAAGAACAUAGGUUCAGCAGGCAUGGUUAUAGGGGAGAUGCCGUGUCGAAGCAUGGCCACUCUGAGCCGCCUCACUCCAUACGGAAGUGAGGCUCCGCCUCCUUAUGAAUGGACGCUGUCCCUCUCUGUGGAGGACGUGGUGCGGGAUCUGGAGGAGCGCCUGGUGGAGAAAGAGCAUGAACUCAAACAGAUGAAGAGAAACUUAGAUGAGAGCGAGGGUGCCAUAGCUCAGGUGUUUGAAGGGAAACAGCGCCUGUGGGAGAAGGAGGUGGAAGACCUGAAGCGACUGUAUGCUGUUAAGCUGCGUCAGGUCUCCCAACAUGCUCAGCGUUCCCAACGCAGCUUGCAGUUGGAGCUGUUUAAGGCUGAGCAGGAGAAGAAUCGUCUUCAAGAGGAGCUCAAUGGCCUAAAAAGGGAAAUGAACCAAGAGGCUGCAGCCAUGCCGAAGCCAACUAGUCCGACACUGGAGGAGACACAGUGGGAGGUAUGCCAGAAGUCAGGGGAGAUCUCCUUGCUGAAGCAGCAGCUGAGGGACUCCCAGGCAGAGGUAACCCAGAAGCUGAGCGAAAUCUUCCAACUGAAGACGCAGCUCAGGGAAACCCGAACAGAGCUGCGCAGCAAGGAGGCCCAGAUAGAUGCUCUGAAGCUAAUCUUGCAGGGGACGCAUCGUGGCAGGCGUUACUCUCAGGGUGCAUGUGAAGAUGGAAAAGGUGCUGAAGAGAAUUCAUCAGCAGGGACAACAGGAGGCUACGGGGGGCCGACAGAGGAGCGUCUGCGUGCAGAGCUCCUGCUGGAGCGACGCCAGAGCGAAGCUCAGGCCAUGGCUUUUGAGGAAGAGAGGCACACAUGGCAGACAGAAAAGGACAAGGUCAUCCGCUACCAGAAGGAGCUGCAGGCCAGCUACUUAGAGAUGUACCACCGCAACGAAGCCCUCGAGAGGGAGCUGCAACAGCUGAGGGCGGGCAGAGAGAGGGGAGGUGGGGGAGCAGGAGAGGGAGGAGAGGGCAGAGAUGAAACUUUGGAAGGGGAAGUGCCAGAGAUGAGGAGUGAGAGAAGACGGGAUCUAUCACCUCCGCCUGAACCCAGUCAUACUGAUGGUUGGUUUACAGGAGUGUCUGUGCCACAUCAGUCCUCAGCAGAAGAAUAGUGUCUUUUCUGGAAAAACCACAGACAAGCUCUCAAACUGUCCCAUUUACAACUUCUGUGAGAGAGCAAGCUGGUGUAUGAUAAAGACUAACUUUGUUAAACUGAUGAAGAGUCUUGAUAGAAACCAAAGCACUGAAAUGGAUGUCCAGUAAUAAUUCAGCCCCAGUCCAGCGUGUGCAGACAGAUUUGCAUUGUUACACAUUAACCCUUGUUCUGGUAAUAAAGCUCCGUCUCUGGGUUAAGUGUAGAGGAUUAAAAACUAUCUGGCACAAAGGUAGUUAAUGCUAUAUCUUUGCCAUAUCUGUGCCCUAGGCUGGAAAUAUUUAAAAUGUUUCACUCAUUAGGGCCUCCAUUCAGACAUGACCUAUAUAUUUUGUAAAUAAGUGUAAUUUUUAUUUGAUUGGUCUUUUUGUGGUUGUAUUCCAAGCCCACUGUUGUCUUAAAUAUGUGUUCUUCUAUAUCUGUUGAUUGCAGUAAAAGCGAUCGGUAGAUGUGAACGAUGAUUAUUUUUGCCAUGCUUUUUAGUGCGAGCCAUUGCACAUGCUCGAAUGCAUGACUUAAGUGAAAGUUGAUCUCAUUAAUUAAUAUAUGAACAUUCAGAAGCCAGCUCCCUUGACCUGUCAACAUACUGUGACUCUUGUCUAUUUACUGAAAUAAACUGUAAAUGAUAAA